AUGCAGGCGUGCAAAGCGUUGCUGUGCGCUCUGCUGCUGCUCCACUGCGCCACGCUCAGUUCCCCGCUAUCCACCUGCGCCACCGUGGACAUGGACCACGUCAAGAGGAAGCGGGUGGAGGCCAUCCGAGGUCAGAUUCUCAGCAAACUGCGGCUGAGCAGCCCCCCGGUCGCUCAGGGUCCCGCUAAGGUACCCCACCAAGUGCGCGCUUUGUACAACAGCACUCGAGAACUUCUGGAAGAGCUCGGGCGACAACGGCAGGAGAUGUGCGGCGCCGAGAAUACGCAAACUGAGUACUACGCCAAGGAGAUUUACAAGUUCAACAUGGUCUACGGGCCCACAGAGAGCAACGACCUGUCCUACUGCCCGAAAGGUAUCACAUCCAAAGUUUUCCGCUUCAACGUCUCAACCAUGGAAAGGAACGCCACCAACCUCUUCCGGGCCGAAUUCCGAGCCCUGCGGGUUCCCAACCCGAGCGCCAGACGCAACGAACAGCGUAUUGAGCUCUACCAGAUUAUUCGACCUAACGAACACAUAAGAAAGCAACGCUACAUCAGCGCCAAGAACGUACUAACCAAAGGCACUUCCGAUUGGGUUUCCUUCGAUGUAACUGACACGGUGCGGGAAUGGCUGAUGAACAGAGGGCGUAAUCUGGGUUUGGAAGUUAGCGUGCACUGUCCUUGCCACACCUUCGGCCCAAACGGGGACAUCAUAGAUAACGAGAACGAGGUUCUGGACGUCAAGUUUAAAGGCGUGGACGGCGAAGAUGAGCAAAAUCGAUUGGACCUCAGCCACCUGAAGAGGAACAAGGAACAGAACCUGCCUCACUUAAUACUAAUGAUGAUCCCACCUCAUCGCCUGGAUUCAAAGUCCCCGCACCGACGUAAAAGAGCGCUGGACACCAACUACUGCUUCUCAAACACGGAGGAGAGCUGCUGCGUUCGCCGGCUGCACAUAGACUUCCGGCGUGACUUGGACUGGAAGUGGAUCCACGAGCCUAGCGGUUACGACGCUAACUACUGUUCCGGGCCUUGCCCCUACUUGAGAAGCUCCGACACACCGCACAGCUCGUUGCUGAGCCUGUACAACACUCUGAACCCCGAGGCAUCGGCUUCUCCGUGCUGCGUCCCCCAAGACCUGGAGCCCCUCACCAUCCUCUACUACUCCGGACGCACCCCCAAAGUAGAGCAGCUUUCCAACAUGAUCGUCAAAUCUUGCAAAUGUAGCUGA